AUGUUUGAUAGAAAAAAUGAAAACAAAACAGAAAAUCGUGAUAUCAACGCUGCUGAUAACAUUGUCGAUGAUACUAAACCAUGUUGCCAUAUUAACAAUAAAGUAAUAGCUGAUUAUAUUCCCGCAAACCCGGUUAUCGUUGAUAAUCAAUAUUAUAAUGCACCUCUUGUUCUCAGUUAUGAUGAUUAUUAUAAUGCUAAUCCGCAGGGUGAUAUUUGGCAACAUCUGGAACAACAGCAACUGUUUCAAGGUAAUAAUAAUAUGUCGAAUAUUUUAGCAAUCUCAACCUAUAAUUAUCAAACCAAUGCUCAGCAACAAUCAAGUCCUGACGAGUAUGAGUAUGCUAUGGGUAUGGUAUUUAUGCAAUUAUUUGGUGAUACUAAUCGAUAA